AUGCUUCAUCAUCAAGAGCCCUCUGUGCCAUUACGUGGGCCUCUGCUUCACCCUCGCGAGGCUUCUGUGCCAUUGCGAGACCAUCUGCAUCAUCCUCGGGAGGGACCCUCCUACCCACAUGAUGCUGCUCACUAUCGUGAGGCGCACGACUCACUCUAUGAUCGGAACAGUACCACUCGCACACACCCCCAUCCUACCAGUGGCCUCAAUCCUCACGGCCUUCCACGCACCCAUAAUCUUGAAGAAGCUCAGUAUGCUCGUGUACCUAUGGGAUACAACCAUCCAAGUUAUCCUUCUCGUUACAACUCACCUGCUGAAGGUUAUGACGACCGCUAUGAUGACUGCAGGCAUCCAUCAGACCUCUACUAUCAAGACAUGCGUGGUCAUGAUGAAAGGUACUAUGGAGAUACCAAUAGAUGGGCAGACCGCUGCUGA